GCAAUUAGAAUUCAACCAACAUAAUCUUAUUAUCUUAUUUAUUUUUUCAGCUUUCAAUCAUGAAGUUCUAAACAGAGUUUUCUUCCUCAUCUACCACUGUUCUACCCCACAUGCACUAUAAAUACCCCAAACUCACACCAUUUUUUCACCACCACUUCUUUGCUAACCUAGCUAGCACCAUCCAAAUUCCAAAGCCUUGCAACUCAAACUAGAGUCUCAUCGUACACCUUCUGCACAAAUUAUAACAUUAACAUGGACUCGGGGAGAAUGAGCCAACACCUUCUAUCCAAAAUUGCCACCAAUGACAAACAUGGAGAGAAUUCUCCAUACUUUGAUGGCUGGAAAGCAUAUGAGAGAAACCCUUUUCACCCUACAAAAAAUCCUCAAGGUGUUAUUCAGAUGGGUCUUGCAGAAAAUCAACUAUGCUUUGAUCUGAUUGAAGACUGGAUUCUGAAUAAUCCCGAAGCUUCCAUUUGCACUCCUGAGGGAGUGCAUCAGUUCAGAAACAUUGCCAACUUUCAAGACUAUCAUGGACUGCAACAGUUCAGAAAUGCUAUUGCAAACUGGAUGUCAAAAGUGAGAGGAGGUAGGGUCAGAUUUGAUCCAGACCGUAUAUUGAUGAGUGGAGGAGCAACAGGAGCCAACGAGCAAAUCAUGUUCUGCUUGGCUGAUCCUGGAGAUGCCUUUAUGAUUCCUACCCCAUUUUAUCCAGGAUUCGUUCGUGACUUGUGUUGGAGAACCCAGGUGCAGUUGAUUCCUGUCCAUUGCCAUAGCUCCAACGACUUCAAGAUUACAAGAGAAGCUCUUGAAGAAGCUUACAAAAAAGCCAAAGAGGAGAACGUCAACGUUAAGGGGUUGAUCAUAACAAACCCCUCUAACCCUUUGGGCACAACCUUGGACAGGGACACGUUGAAGAGCCUAGUGAGCUUCAUCAACGAGAAAAACAUUCACUUAGUCUGUGAUGAAAUCUACGCAGCAACAGUGUUCAGUAGUUCCCCCAGUUAUGUAAGCGUGGCUGAAGUGAUCCAAGAAAUGGAACAUUGCAAACGUGAACUGAUUCAUGUCAUUUAUAGUUUGUCGAAAGACAUGGGGUUCCCUGGUUUCAGAGUUGGCAUAGUUUAUUCAUUCAACGAUGAAGUUGUGGCAUGUGCUAGGAAAAUGUCUAGCUUCGGCUUAGUCUCCUCGCAAACUCAACACAUGCUGGCUUCCAUGCUUUCCGAUGAAAAGUUUGUGACGAAGUUUCUUUCGGAGAAUUCAAGAAGGUUGGAGGAAAGGCACGAGAAGUUCGUGAAGGGGCUCGAAGAGGUUAACAUUGUUCGGUUUCCAAGCAGUGCAGGACUUUUCUUCUGGAUGAACUUGAAGAAUUUAUUGGAGGAAGCAACGUUCGAAGCUGAGCUGAAGCUAUGGCGUGUGAUCAUUCACGAGGUGAAGCUGAAUGUGUCACCAGGGUCUUCUUUCAACUGUUCUGAGCCUGGUUGGUUUAGGGUUUGCUUUGCCAACAUGGAUGAUCAAACAGUGGAUAUUGCACUCAACAGGAUUCGUGAACUGGUCGGGAAAGAAACAAAGAAACCAGUGGGAAUGAAACGUUGGCAAUCGAAUCUUAGACUCAGUUUUUCUUCGAGGCGGUUUGAUGACAGUGCUAUGUCUCCUCAUUCACCUAUUACAUCACCUCUUGUUCAAGCCACUUGAAUAUUCGACAAGGGUUCUUCAUCACCAUCUAUCGUUUUCAAGAACUAUGAUGAUAUGGUCUCAGUCUGAAAAUAUUUUAAUAAUUUUUGUUUUGUUUUGCUAAUUAGGUUUGUUUUUCUAAUGUUCUGGAGGGUGCUUAGGGUAUUUUCACGUUUAGGUUGUCCUAAAGGGCUAACUGUGAGAUAGCUAUAGGGUGACUGAAAUUAUUGGUGCAAUUGCAGUUAUAUAUAUGAUUGGAAUAAAUU